AUGAAGUUCUUUGCAGGCCUUUUGUCUCUAGCCGUGGCUGCUACAGCCCAGCAGCCAUUGUAUGCACAGUGUGGAGGUCUCACCUGGACUGGCGCAACAACCUGCGUUUCUGGAGCCGUGUGCCAAGUACAAAACGAUUACUACUCACAAUGCGUUCCUGGCACCGCUGCCACGUCGGCCACCUCUACUACAGCUGCAACGAGCACGACAGUGCGUACUUCUACAACGACCAGGGCCACCACCACAAGCACGAGCGCCGCCACCACUACUACGGCGGCGACCAGCACCAGAACAUCGACGGGGGCAGCCACGGCCACGGGGUUCCCGACGACAGAUGGCACGCUGUUCAACCUCGACGGCGUCACCAAGUACUAUCCCGGCACUAAUAGCUACUGGAUCUCCUUCCUCACGAGCAAUGACGACGUGGACUCCACUCUGGACGACCUGGUCGACAGCGGACUCAAGAUUCUGCGUAUCUGGGGCUUCAACGAUGUCAACACGAUUCCGGCUUCAGGCACAGUCUACUUCCAGUACCUGUCAUCCAGCGGAUCUACCAUCAACACCGGAGCCGAUGGUCUGGAGCGCCUCGACUACAUUGUCUCGGCAGCCGAGGCUCGAGGCAUCAAGUUGGUGAUCCCCUUUGUGAACCAGUGGGACGACUAUGGUGGUAUUCAGGCCUACAUCAACGCGUUCGGCGGUAGCAAGACAUCCUGGUACACCGAUGCGGCCUCUCAGGCCCAAUAUCAGGCCUACAUCAAGGCCGUCGUCUCGCGCUUCGUGGACUCGCCCGCCAUCCUGGCCUGGGAACUCGGCAACGAGCCUCGCUGCAAUGGCUGUGACACGAGCGUCAUCUACAACUGGGCAAAGACAACCUCCGAGUACAUCAAGAGCCUCGACUCCAACCACUUGGUCACGACUGGUAUUGAAGGCUUCGGUCUCCCAGGCGAUGGAUCAUACCCUUACACGUACGGUGAAGGCACCGACUUUGUUGCCCUCUUGAACAUCACGUCUUUGGAUUUUGCUACGUUCCACCUGUACCCCAACUCUUGGGGCGAGGACUACGACUGGGGCAACGACUGGAUCUCGACUCACGGCGCUGCCUGCGUAGCCGCCGGAAAGCCAUGUUUAUUCGAAGAGUACGGUGCGCCGACCAACCACUGCUCCAUCGAAGCACCAUGGCAGGCAACCGCGCUGUCAACCGAUGGUAUCGCUGCGGAUCUCUUCUGGCAGUUGGGUGUCACACUCAGCUGGGGACAAACUUCCGACGACGGCAACACCAUCUUCACAAACACCUCGGACUGGACAUGUCUCGUCACUGACCAUGUUGCUGAUAUCGAUGCCUUGUAA